AUGGUUAAUGCAAACAAAUCAAUAAUCCGACUAGCAACUUACUGCAUUAAAAAUAGAAUUCAUCGUUUAAGAACAGUUAACAGUUUAUAUUAUAUUAGUAAAAGAAUUAGCAUACAAAACACAAAUCGUAUCAGAGCAACGCGUCUUUGUGGAUCCAAGCAAUUCAUGUUGGAAAGCGAAUUAGAUCUGGCAUUAAUAGAGAUUCUAGAUAAUGACGACCCUUUUAGUGAUAGUGAGAUUAGGGAAUCUGCUGAUCUACUGACAGGGCAAAUCCAUCUGUAUAAAGGAAGUCCUGUCGUGAAAAACCUGCUUUUGCAAACAAGAGAACCGCAAAUUCAAGUCCCAACUAAACCUACUGGGACUAAUAAAAGAGUUCAAAUACAAAAAGAUCCCAACCAGAGUGUUUAUUUUGACGAUGACUCGCUAUCCUCAACGUUUGAAUUUAGUGACAUGGAUGAUGAUUUCAUGGGGGCUUUAAAAGCAGCUGAGGAAAUGACUAAUAAUAACAAUAAUUGUAUAAAGAGAUCUGCAUCAACUCCGUUAAAGAAACCAAUUGCAAAAUCAAUGAAAAAUCAGAGCACGCCUUCAAAGUCUUCAGCGAAGAAAUGUUGCAAGUAUAUAAAAACGUCAUCGCAGAGCCCAUCCCACUACCAAAUUAGGGAAUCUGGUUCCGGUGUUGAUAUACUUGAAGGCUCCCCUAAUAAGCUACAAUCUGAAAAAGCAUCUCCAUUUAAAUUUUUGUCGUCUUUUUCAUCUUCAUUGCAAACGCAGAAUCAAGCUGCGAGUGGCAACCAUGAAUCCCAGUCUAAAGUUGAACAAAACAUCUUGUCUGCUUCACAAUCAUCUUCUCCACCAAUAACUAUAUCCCAGGUACGUAACCCAUUUAAGGUGCCUACCCAAUUUCGAAGAAACUACUCGACUCGUCGUAUCACAGAUCAGGAGUCUGACAACAAGAAGGGGAAUAGUCAUCACACAAUACUAUUGGCAACACAGAAAGCAGAAGCACCGUUUAAAGAUUCAUCUAACAGUAACCGUCACAACCUUGGGAAGAAGAAGGAGGGUGCUACUGAAGCCCAAUCUGAAGCAAAAAAUGUAAAGCCGAUCAUUUUGUCGAAUGAACAAGAAUAUGUAUUGAAACAAGUGCUACUGGGGGUAUCCCUAUUUUAUACAGGGUCAGCAGGUACCGGUAAAUCUGUAUUGCUACGAAGUAUAAUUAAAUCUUUACGUACCAAAUUUUCUAAGGGUGUUGCAGUGACAGCUUCUACAGGUCUAGCAGCUUGUAAUAUUGGAGGGAUAACCCUUCACAGUUUUGCCGGUUUUGGUUUAGGACAAGGUAAAGUUGACAUCUUGAUAAAAAAGAUCAAAAGAAAUAAGAAGGCUUUUUGUAGAUGGCGUGAAACAAAGGUUUUGAUUAUAGAUGAAAUUUCCAUGGUCGAUGGGCAUUUAUUAAACAAAUUGAAUGAAAUUGCCAAGACACUCAGAAGAAAUAAUCGGCCAUUCGGUGGAAUUCAACUAGUAGCUUGUGGCGAUUUUUAUCAAUUACCGCCUGUUGUCAAAAAGACUGCGCAUGAUGGUACCGAAGUGGAUAAUGUCGAAGUUUAUUUUGCCUUUGAAUCGCUGGCUUGGAAAGAAACUAUUCAGCGGACCAUUACGUUGAAGGAGAUUUUUCGUCAAAAGGGUGAUCAACGUUUUAUCGAUAUGUUGAAUAAUCUUAGAGACGGGAAUGUACCUGAUGAUACGGUUAGGGAUUUUUGUCGUCUUUCUCGUCCAUUAAAGUGUCCAGAAGGAAUAGUUCCUUCAGAAUUAUAUGCUACUAGACACGAGGUAGACGCGGCAAAUUCGAGAAAGUUGGGUACAAUCGAGGGAGAUGUGGUUGUCUAUAACUCAAUUGACACCGGAAUAUUACCUGAGAUCCAAAAAUCGCAAGUGCUAGCGAACUUUCUUGCUCCACAAGUGCUAAACUUAAAAGUUGGUGCCCAAGUAAUGUGUAUUAAAAAUUUUGACGAUCAGUUAGUCAACGGAACUUUGGGAAAGGUAAUUGAUUUUGUUGAUAAGGAUACUUAUAUGAAAUCAGGAUCUAAGGAAAACUCGUCGACCGAGAGUUCCGAUGAAGUAUCUGGUUUGAGCGAUUAUAUUUUCAAUGAUUUUCAAAAACCCAAGAAGAUUGUUAAAGAGGAUGCACCUAUUGCAGAACAAGUUGUAUUCACAGGUCAGCUUUCACAGAAAGUUGAAGAAGAACUGGAAAGUAGUAAGCGUAAAUUAAAAUUGAAAGAAGAUUUGAUGAAUGAUUAUAAAGAUAAGAAAUACCCUUUGGUUAAAUUUUUGUUGCCCGAUGGAAUCACUUUCCGAACAGUAGUUGUUGAGCCAGAGCAAUGGACUACUGAAGACGAUGAAGGUAAGGUUUUGGUUUCACGUAUACAAUUCCCGUUAAUUUUAGCUUGGUCGUUGUCCAUUCACAAGUCUCAAGGACAAACAUUGUCGAAAGUUGUUGUUGAUAUGAAAAAUAUCUUUGAAAACGGACAAGCAUAUGUGGCAUUAUCUAGAGCAGUGUCGAGAGAAGGGUUGCAAGUUUUAAAUUUCAAUAGAUCAAAAGUUGUAUCACACAGAAAGGUUAUUGAGUUUUAUAAGCAUUUAACAAGCCAUGAGAACGAGAGCCAGCGUGGACAGCAACAGUUGAAUUUUAUGUCAACCUCAGUUAGUUCAGUUGGAAGGGCACAGAUAUAG